AGUCAUGAGCUAAAAAAAAUCACAGAAACGACUGAACUGUCAAGACGUUAUACUUUUGUUGAGAGAAUGUAGAAACAUUGAUUUUACACGUUUUAACGUUGUUUUUCUGAGAUUAUUUACUUUGUUUAUGAAGUUUUAAAGUAAAAGCCGUAAAACUGUCCUAAGAUGGCAGGAACGGCACAAAAUGACUUAUCGAUCUCCGAGCUAAAGGCGGAGAUCGAGAGGUUGAGUCGGGAACUGGACCAAGCCAGCAGUGAGAAGAUACAAUCGGCGCAACUCGGCCUGGUGCUGCUGGAGGAAAAGAGUUCCCUUCAGCUACGAUGCGACGAGCUAGAGAGUUUAUACGAGAACACAAAGCACGAUCUGGAGAUCACGCAGGAGGCAUUAAUGAAACUUGACACAACCCAAAAAGUGACAACACAGAGUGGAAUAGAACAGGAAAAUGCACUUCUCAAUGAAUCAGCAGCAAUGGAAAGUUCCCUGACACUACAAAUUAUCGAACUUGAAGGGGAAUCAAAACAGUUACGACACGAACUAGAAAGGGUGGUCAGCGAACGCGAUCGUCUCCUAGCGGAGAGUUCAGAGCUCGGCGCAGACAAAGCGACACGAGAGUCGGAAAGAGCUGCUCUACGAGCUGAGCUCAGGGAAGCGAGACAAAGGGAGCAACGUCUACUGCUUGACAUAGGGGAUUUAGAAGACGAGAAUAUAUCUUUACAAAAGCAGGUCUCAGCGUUACGGUCCUCACAGGUGGAAUUUGAAGGGCUUAAACAUGAGGUGCGACAACUGCGUGAAGAGGCAGAAAUUGCGCGUGCCGCUGCUGAUGAGACCGCAGCGCUUCGGCGUAUUGCUGAGAGACAGCUGGCGGAGGCGCUGGAAGCGCUACAAGCCGAGCGAGAAGCUAAGUUCGCGGCGAAGAAGGAAUUAGAUGCGCAUAUCAGUAGAGAAGCGCAAUUCAAUAUUACUAACUUGGCGUACAGUAUACGAGGUAUGCCAGAAGAAGGCGCAGACGACGACGGCGAGGCGGGCGCGUCCGGUGCCGGAGACCUCAGCGCCGCCGACCAUCACGCAGAUCUCUUCUCCGAGGUGCAUUUGCAUGAGAUUUCGCGGCUCGAGAAGCAGCUCGAACAAGCGCACAACGAAAACUCGCAAUUAUCGAGCUCGCUCCGCACGGCGCAAUCGACCGCGGAGACCGAGAGCGCCGCGGCCGGAGUGCUGCGCGCCGGCCUCACGCGCGUGUCGUCCCGCGUCGCCGCCCUGCACGCGCUGCACGGGGACUGCGCGCCGCUGGAGGACGACAAGGCGGAGGGCGGCGUGGCAUCGCGCGCGGCCAAGUGGCUGACGUGGUGGCGCGUGUCGGGCGGAGAGCUGGGCGCACUGCUGGCUGCUCUGCGAGAGCUGGACGCGCCGCCCGACGGCUCGCCCGCCGCGCUGCAGCGCGCGCACCUGGCGCAGCUCAGCGACCGCGUGGCUGACGCGGAGCUGCGCUGCGCGGCGCUGCAGGCCGACGCCGACCUGCUGCGCACGCUGGCCGGAGGUGCCGGUAGAGCCCUGUCGUCGGCGGCGCCGGCACUCGCCUCGGCGGCGGAGACGCUAGCGGCGCUGUACCACCACGUGUGCGCCGUCAACGGCACACAGCCCGAGCGGGUGCUGCUCGAGCACGCGGGACAGACGGACGGCGCGGGCGGCGAGGGCCGCGGCAUCGACGACGAGGCGCUGGCGCUGGCGGCGGGCGAGCUGGAGGGGCUGCGCGCGGCGGGGCUGGUGGCGCGCUCGGCCGACACGCUGCUGGACCAACUCACGCACCUGCGCGCCGCGCUCGACACCGCGCUGGACUCGCGCCACCGUCACCAGCCAAUGAUGGAGGCGGAGGAGCGUGGCGCGGAGUUGGCGGAGCUGCAGGAGCAAGUCAUCAAGCUCAAGUCCUUGCUGUCCACCAAGCGCGAACAGAUCGCCACCCUGCGUACCGUGCUCAAAUCCAACAAGAACACCGCCGAGGUGGCGCUCGCCAACCUCAAGUCCAAGUACGAGACCGAGAAGACUAUCGUCACCGAGACUAUGCUCAAACUGCGCAACGAGCUACGGCUGCUCAAAGAAGACGCUGCCACCUUCUCAAGUUUGCGUGCUAUGUUCGCGGCGAGAUGCGAGGAGUACGUCACGCAGGUCGACGAACUCACGCAGGCUCUAUCCAGCGCCGAGGAGGAGAAGAAGACUCUCAACCAGCUGUUGCGUCUCGCCGUGCAACAAAAACUUUCGCUCACGCAACGCCUCGAGGAACUGGAGGUGGACCGCGAGAUGCGCACGCGCCGCGUGCCCAAGGCGGGCGGCGGCGCGCGCGCGCGGGGCCGAGACUUCUAGCGGCUGGUGCGGGCGCUGAAGGCGGCGGCGGCGGCGCUGCGCGCGCUGCUGGCGCACCGCCCGGCGCCCCGCUCGCCGCACCCCCUCGCGCCGUGAGCGUACGAGCGCCGUCCGCUCCCGUCCCCCGAGGAUGGCAAACGAAUUUAUAGUUUACGAGCCGACGCUCGACUAGUGAACUUUUUAUAAUCGUCGUUUUAGGACUAAAUUGAUCGUUUGUACGUUUUAUAAAAUGGAAUGUUAUCGACCGCCGGGCGGGCGGCGCGGCGCCACCGAACCGUCAAACUGUGCAAGACGCGCCCCGCCCCGCCCCGCCGCGCCGCCCGCCCGCGACUGCGGCUUCGGAGGCGAUCGGUGUUUGUGAAUCUUGCGAUCUCUAUUUAUAUGCGUUGUCACUUCCCAAACGUAUAUUUUGAUACUGUAUUGCUCCCUAUAUAUUUUGCACCUUCGAUUGUCGAUGUCGAUUCGUAUUUUUGUAAUAGCGUUGGUGUAUUUUAUUACGCGAAUGAAUUUUAUCCCGUUAUGCGGCGCGCCGCUGCGGCGCGUCCCUGUCAGAGGCAGAUUUUACUAUUUAUCGAUUACGUCGAUCGUUAAACGGGAAGAGGUGACCGUGCAGUUAUUUUGUAUUAUAUACAUAUUUAAUAUGGAAUCUGGAGAUUCGGCAUAUAUGUAAAUAUAGUAUCCUUUACUCGAUACGAUUGUUUAGAACGUCCAAGGAUAAAAAAUAUAUAAAAAAAUUCACGUGUCCAUCCAUUGUGUGCGCAAAAAGACUAUGUAAUCUGUUCUCUAGUUGAUACGUUCGUUGCGUUGUUGUGGCCCUCCGCCGACUACUUUCGUCCAUCGUUCUAGUUAUAUUGUAGUGUUUCCGCGUUUGUUUCGUUAACGUAACGUUGCCGCCGUCGCGACGCCGGGAUGAGAUCGCGAGCGACGCUCGGCGCACACCGUCCAAUCCUGUCCACGGCCGGUCCGCCCACGCGGCCCACGCGGCCCACGCGGCCCACGCUGCCCACGCGGUGACGGCUCCCACACGAUUCGAGAACGUUCCUAACUUGCUCAAAGGUUUGCUCAGGGCGGACCGGUUUUCUUAUUAUUAAGACAAAAUUUACAUGAUACUGUUGAAAAUUUUACUAUGAAUCGUUUAUUUUAUCGGAUGUGAUGUUCGCGGCUUCCCGUGUUGAUGUGUGAAACCGGUCGAUGACGUAGUCGUUUCUCUCAGUAGUGUCCGGGACUUAGGCUAGUUCGACCGUUCCAGGUAGUGCGGGCGCUCGCCCUCGUAGGUAUUUUUACCGGUUUAGGUGUAGAUUAGACGAAUACAUUAACCUUCAUAUUAUACUUAUUAGAUUAUAUCGAAAAUUUGUUAAAAUGUAGUGAAUCGUUUGCAAUAUUAACUCAUAUAGCGUAAUUUAUUUGCGUAGCGCGAAAUAUGCGAGUCGCUCGGGUAUCCGGCGCUCGCACCGCGAGGACCAUUGCCUUGCAUUUAUUGUUUUUAUAAUUAGUAUAAUGAAUUGGCUAGCUUUUAUCUUAGAUCAUUCUUCUUGUACUUAAAGGUGGAUUUACCGAUAUGUAUAGAUAUAGCGCAUAAUAUUUUUUCCAAGUAUUAUUUUCUUCGUAGCUUAGCAGCAGACAUUUUGUAUGUAUUGUUCGUAUCUAGUCAAUGUUACUUCCGCCCGGAGAGGCCGCCCCGCGGGAGGCGCGGGUCGGCCUCUCGAGCGCCGUCGUUGUAUUCGAGAUACAGCGCCAUGGGUUGUAUAAGCAUCAUAUCCUGUAUGAACUAUCUUGCGUCCAUUAUGGGUCUUUUUCAGUAUCUACUUGUUUUUUGACGUUGUUAUUUACUUUAUUUAUCUGAUACACUCUUGACAUCAUGAUUUUUACACUUAUUUAUUGUCAUGUAUUGUUAGUUGUUGCCGCGCUCACCGGCGCAUGUCUGCUGCCCUCGCCGGUGGUGGUAUUAAUGAGCGAUUAACCAAAUAUUAUUUUCUUUAUACUGUUUAUGUAACACUUUAGAUCGUUUAUUUUGCUUAGGCAUAGAUAUUAUUUUAUAUCAUAGAGAAAAAAAAUAACUUUUUAUUAUUUAAAUAUGAGAAGUAUAUGAAUUGCCUGCUACUUUAUUUAUGCAUUGCAACACGAUCGUGUUCGACGAUUCGAGGCAUGAUUGUUCCCACUGCUACUGUCAUCGAUUGAUUUAUCUGUUAAACGUGUAUCGGCGACGCCUCGGAGAUUGCACAGUUUGAUGGUUCACCUCGGUGUUUGCUAUUCGAUAUAAUUUUGUUAACGUUUUCUUUACAAGAUGGCCACGUUAGUUCCUUUAUAAAUGUUUUAGUAAUCCAACAUCAGAUUACAUGUCUUUGUCAUCGGGAACAUAGCAGUGAGCUUCAAUAUUGUUAAACAUUGUUGUAAUGUAUAUUGCUUGUUGACUCCACAUUAAAUCGAUCACGUCAGCCUGGGGAACAUAUCAUGACAGAGCGGAAUUAUUUUCAAAAUAAGGCACGCCGUGUUGUCGCAAUGACUGAUAUGAAUCAAGUAUGAAAAUAUUAAAUGAUAUAUUUAAAA